AUGGAUCUCCUGGAAUCCAAAAUAAUUAAACAAGUGGAGUAUUAUUUUAGCGAUGUUAAUCUUUCACGCGACAAGUUCAUGAAAGACACACUAGCGGAAAACAAUGGAUGGAUCCCUUUCGAAACUAUGAUUAAGUUCAACCGUCUAAAGGCGCUCUCAGAAGAUAUCGAAGUUAUAAGGAACGCUUUAUUGAAAUCCACUUCGGGUUUGCUGGAGGUUGGUGAGAACGGAAUCCGCAGGUGUCCCGAACAAGUGGUUCCCGACAGUGUUGACGAAGUGUUUGAGAAGUUUAAGGACCGCAGUAUAUACGUUAAAGGAUUCGGCCUGGACUCAAAUCUGGACGACAUCAUCGAUUGGCUGGAAACUCAUGGUGGGAAAACCUUAAAUGUCCACAUGCGGCGGUAUCCGGAUAGUAAGAACUUCAAGGGAAGCGUCUUUGUUAUAUUCGAAAAGAAGGACGAUGCGGAGAGAUUACUGACCUCAAACGAUGCUGCCAGUUACAAGGGCAACGAUAUGAUUCGCAAAUACAGAGAAGACUAUUUGAAGGAGAAAAAAGAAGAAAAAGACGCCAGAGCGCGGGCUCGGGCAGCGAAGAAUGCUGCUUCCGAGGCGAAUCAGCGGGAUUAUGUUACUUCACGUAUGGUGGCUGGUGCCCUGCUAGAGCUUUGUGGUCUCCCAAAAGUUUGCAAAGAAAACCAAGAGGCGUCAGCCAAUACGAACGGAAAACCUGUGAACGACGGAGAUGUAGACCACUCGUCUAAUUUAGACGGAGAGCAGACACGACAACCAGGUGACCGCGACAAUGAUAAUCCUGGUGCAUUGACCAUUAUCGCACUGAAACAAUGGCUUUCAGAAAAGCUUGGGGAGGAUUAUUCAAUCGCGUGGAUUGAUGUGGAACCUGCUGCCGGCAAGGGCCUUGUCCGAUUUAAAGCGGCCAACACGGCAGAAUCUGCCUUGAACAGGCUCAGAUGUGCGUUUGGCGAUCAACCAAUUGUUUAUGCGAACAGUGAACUGACUGGGCGUGUUCUCUCAGGGGAUGAGGAAUUCUCACAUUGGAAAACGAUAAUUGCAGCACAGCAGCAGAAGGCUCAGAAGCGUCGUGGAGAAAGAGGAGUGAGUGUAAAAGCCCUAUGGACAUGUUUUUCAAAUGGUUACUUGGCUUAUAAUGCUAAAAUUAGAUCCUACUGGUCUCUACUCUGUCAUUUCAGCUGUUUCUUCAUGGGACGGAAUUCCUCAGCUGAUGGUAUAAGGUACAUGGGUGAUGACGAUCAAAACAAAAAGCACAGGAAGCUGUCAAUGAGAGUGCGGCGGCGAUCAGUGAUUAGUCGCGUCCCACGGGCCAGUACAGGCUUUUCCGACCGUCGACGACGCUUACAAACGACUAUUCGGGAAAUCUACAACGGUAUACGCCGUAAUGUAUUGGUAUCGAAGUGGUCGCAAGUUCGGACUCUGAUGACUUACAAUCGUCGUCUGCUAACCGAACAACUAGCCGUUGUCAAGGCUGCAAACUUGGCUGCAUCCUCUUUGGCUUCGGAUUCAUUUUUUGAUUCUUUAGAUCAAGUAAACGGAGAUCCCUCAGGCGCCUAUCCGUAUCUUCUAGCGGAACCGGUCGAAAUCCCUCAGAUUUACAAUCAGUUUGGUCGAUUUGAAGCCAAGAUUGGAAACAAAACAUACCGUGUUGGUUUAAUAAUGAUACCACAGGUAGAUUCUGUUCCCAAUGUUUGUACUUGGGCUCCUGUGCAACACAACUUCUCGGUCGAAGAUGAAACUGAGUUGGCCAAUUUACCCUACAUGGGUGAUGAACAGGCUCAAGAAGACGUGAGUUUCUUGGAGGAACUGUUGAACAACUAUGAUGGUCGACUUCACGGAAAUUUCCCGUUUGAAUUUGAGGAGGAGAUGCUCAUCCCGUUGGUGACGGAGGUUAAUAAACAGUGGCCAGCAAUUAGCCGUCAGUGUGGACUACCCAGUCAGAAGUUGGAAAAAACGGAACCAGAACAGUCGACAACAGCUUCUACUGUUAUGGAAACUGAACCAACCAAGUUAAACCGAGAAGCGCUGCUUACUCAGGAGUCGCCAGGUCCCGGGUUUAAACGAUCGGACAGAUUGAAACGUUGCUGGGACGAGGUGGAUCAAACGUCCGAGAAGUGUUCAUCGUUGCUGGUCUCACGAUCUUCAGUUUCCAAACGCAGUCGACGUCCUCGCUUGUCCAACCAGCUAACGACUGAACCGAACGUUGAAUCCGAUCCGAAGGUGUCUGCCAUUCAGGAAGAUUCACGUGAUGAAUACGAUGUGCCUAUCGCUCAGCUUAUCAAAGCCGCUCCAACCAAGACCGAGUCGAGCUCCGAACCAUCACCAUCUCCCUUUGUGAGUCCUCGAGAGGACAUCAAGCCGGAAAGUCCUGUUAAAACCCGACGCCCCAGCGGUUGCGGCAUUCCAGAUGCUGUUUUUACCGCUAUUGCUGGCACUUUCGGGUCAGCUGAGGACGCGAAUAAGCUGCAACACCGAUACUCUGAACUGCGUGAUCGAGCCAAUUCCUCACAGACAGCUGAGGAACCUCUUUCUUGCUCUCCAAACCUUGACAAUCUCUUGGAGGUCGCUCUAGUCAUGAAGAAUGGUCGCAGUUGUCCACCAUCCCGAUCGGAAGCAUUACAUUCUUUUCGUGCUUUAUUCUGUCGGCGUUGUUUCAAGUACGACUGCGCACUUCAUCCCUACAAGUCCACACAGUCGAUGUGGAGUCACCGAUGGCCAAUCACGCACACAACCAACUUGGAGCCGGACGCACCGUAUUGUGGACGCUGGUGUGUGCGGCAGUGUUUGAACAGUUCUACGGACGACUCGCAAGCCAUUGUUCAGAACCCCGCAAAAAUAUCUCAAUGCGUUUGGACGCCUGUUGAGAUUAGUCUAAUCCAAGUUCUCGCUCCCGUAUUCAUGCCUGUCGGCUACUCGUCCUAUCCCCAGUACACUUGGUGUUGCACAUUAGCACGUAUCCUAGGCACGAAAACCUGUCAAGACGUGUUAAAUUAUAUCAACAGUCGUCCCACCUCUGGAUUGACCAAUCCAGACUCUGGACAGAUAGCCCAACUGCGCGUUCCAGGUGUUGGUAUCGAAUGGACCAGGCGCUCUGCCAGUACUGCUUCACUCAAUGACGUGGCUGAUCCGUCCCUCAACGGCUCAUGCAGUGGAAGCAUACUCGAAAAUGGUGACCCAACGGAAGAUAGUACGAUCGACUCGGCCACCGUAGCUUACAGUCACUUUUCGUCUCGACGUAAACGAUGGAAAAAACGACGGUUGAAGAAAACAAUGCUUCCUGGACCAUUGGUUCGCAAACUGGAUGAAGAUGAUGAAAGCCACAUGAACAGUAACGGGACAUCGGGUGGAGGGAACUCAUCAGCUGCGAACAACGCCGGCGGUCUUCUGGCUAGUGGCUGUUUCGCUCAUCAGUAUCAUCCUUGUGACCAUCCUGGACAGCGAUGUGAUGAGUACUGUCCCUGUAGGCAAGCCGGUACUUUUUGUGAAAAGUUCUGUCAAUGUCCAGCAGAGUGUACGAACAGGUUCCUGGGUUGUCGGUGCCGCGGUCAAUGUAACACGAAACUCUGUCCAUGUUCGCUUGCGGUUCGAGAGUGUGACCCUGACCUCUGUCUCUCUUGCGGUGCCCAACAACCUGGUAGAACAUUCGGUCAAAAUGGCACAACUUUGGAUAACAGUAUGAUGAUUUGCCCCGUAUCGUCUUCAGCCAACACAGGAACCUGUCGGAACGUCGCUAUCCAAAGGGGUUGGCGUAAGCACCUAUUGAUGGCGCCGUCUGACGUAGCAGGAUGGGGUAUAUUCAUCAAAGACGGGGCCGAGAAAAAUGAUUUCAUCUACGAGUACUGUGGGGAAAUAAUCAGUCAAGAUGAAGCAGAUCGUCGGGGUAAAAUCUACGACAAAACAAUGAGCAGCUUCUUGUUCAACCUCAAUCGAGACUUCGUUGUUGAUGCGACCCGAAAAGGAAACAAGAUACGGUUUGCCAACCAUUCUGUCAAUCCCAACUGUCACGCUAAGGUAAUGAUGGUGAACGGGGAUCACCGAAUCGGCAUUUUUGCCAAGCGGGCAAUCGCUCCAGGUGAAGAGCUUUUCUUCGACUAUCGCUACGGUCCGACUGAGCAACUCAAAUACGUUGGCAUUGAACGUGACGCUGAUGCCUCCACGAUUCAGCAAAUUCUUCCGGUUCCUAACGAUUUAUCCACUCUUAUCUCUUUAUCUGGAUCUGGUCCGAAUGGCCCCACAAUUGCUCCGGUCACCCUACUCUAUUUGGUAUUCGUCCUACUGGUUCUGGCGUUUGUACUCCAUCCCAUUAAUCCUACUCUGAUCUCGGGUGACUGAAUCGCCCAUGUCCGGCUAUCCCACACCGGUGCAUUGCUUGUUAUUUGUAUCUUUUAUAACAGUUAUACUCA